AUGGCCAACUGCCCAAUUUCAUCAGCGACGUCCAAACUUAACGCCACUGGUAACAGUAGUUUAGACUUCGGAAAGCUUCUCCCACAGCCUACAGGUAUCGAUUUCUUCAGGGCGUUUUUAGAUCAGUUACCACCAGGUUUCGAUAUAACAAAAAUUUUGGGCAACAGCACACAAUCGACGCAGGGUUUCCUGGAAUUUCUGGGUCAGUUUGACUGCUUCAUUCGCGUCAUUGCUAAUAUAAAUAGGGCGCGAAAUGGUAGCUGUCCCCCCCAAGAAGUCAUUCAGAGUUUGAUAGAACAUUUUCGUAUUCCGUAUUCCGAGGGUGAUGUGCAAAAAUCUAUCCAAAAUUUGUUGAAAACAAUAAGUGGAAGACUUAAUGGAAAUGGUUCUGGUGCAGGGGAUUUGUCAAGCUUGAACUUCUCGGAUCUUCUUCCAGGCAUUGCAAAUUCAACUACUAUUCAAAACGCGCUUACAAACAGGACUGCAAAUCAAGGCUUUGCUAUCUUCAAUAUUAUAAGUAUUUUAAGUUCGUUAUCGGGGACAAUACCUGCUGACAACUCUCUUCCUAAUUUUCUUGGACAGUUAUUUUCUUUAUUCGGAACAACCAACGAUACAUCUGUCUUAACCAACCUAAUUCCUCGCUAUUCUGAUUCUCGAUUUGGUUCUGUUGAAAAUAUCGUUACCGGCUUUAUCAAAAUAUUUACCACGGCAAUUCAGGUUGGUGCCGAAAUAGCUGCAUUCUUUAUCACUUUUCCGAUAAGAUUUAUCUUGCUACCUUUCCUUGCUGCGGUAUCAGAUUUCUUUAGAGGAUUAUGUCUCCCAGAUUUGCUCCGAUCUCAAAACAUCAUUGACUUCUUCUUCCGAGGAUUGAAUGUUUUUAUCAGAGUCCCUAUUAGUAUGUUUUCGGCUUUCAUAAAAGGUAUUACGACAGCUUUAGAAGGUGUUGGAGAGCUGGGAGGAAUUCUUGAAGGUCUGGUUAAUAUAGGUGGAAGUAGAACCGGGGGAUGUUCGUCAAUUAUAGGAAAUUUGGCGGAUAGAGAACAUGUUCAUGCUAGACACUCGCAUCAUGAGCGCCACCAUUCAGGUAAAGGCAAGAAACACGGAAAUAAAGAAAAGAAACACGAGGUUAAAGAAAAAACACACGAACUCCACUAUAAGAAGAGAGAAGUGAAAGAGAAGCGGGCUGGAGUAAGAGAGAGGAAGGUUGAGCAUAAGAAGCGCGAACUUCAUCAUAAUUGAAUAUAAUUUUGUUCUUGUUUACCAGACUCCAAAUGGUC